GCGUCAGAACACGGCGGACCGUCGUGGAGGUUACAUCGCCGGUACUGUUGUUGCAUUUAUUUUCGUAAUGUUGGAAGGUGUCAAGCAUAUUUUUUUAGUGCUGUCCGGUAAAGGUGGUGUUGGAAAAUCAACGGUCAGCACUCAGUUGGCCCUGGCACUCAAGGAAUCAGGAUUUCGAGUGGGUUUGUUGGACGUCGAUCUUUGCGGACCAAGUGUGCCUUACCUGUUGAAUUUGGAAGGCAAGGAUGUCCACCAAUCGUCUGACGGGUGGGUGCCAGUGUAUGCGGACAAAGAGCAGAAAUUGGCAGUGAUGUCAAUAGGUUUCUUGCUAAAAAAUCAGGAUGACAGUGUUGUCUGGAGAGGCCCCAAAAAAACUGGCAUGAUCAAGCAAUUUUUAACUGAUGUUGUCUGGCAAGACAUUGAUUAUUUAAUCAUUGAUACACCACCAGGAACCUCGGAUGAGCACAUCACAGUGAUGGAAAAUUUAAGGAACGCGAAAUGUGAUGGAGCUCUCAUUGUAACCACUCCACAAGCAGUCGCUGUAGACGACGUUCUACGAGAAGUAACAUUCUGUAGAAAAACAGGCAUUCACAUAUUUGGCAUUAUCGAAAACAUGAGUGGCUUCGUGUGUCCCUCGUGUUCGGAAUGCACGAAUGUAUUUUCCGCUGGCGGAGGUAUCGCUCUGUCGAGAAUGGUAAACGUACCAUUUCUCGCCAAAGUACCCAUAGACCCACAAGUAGGUAAACUGGCAGAGACUGGCCAAAGUGUUUUGGUAACUUUACCGGAUAGCCAGGUGGCCCAAGUAUUCCGGAAACUAGUCGAACAACUUACCAAAAGCAAGGAAGCAUAAGAGUGAAACCAUGGAUUCCAACCAUACAAUACCGUUUUGAAAUAUAGUACUUGCUUGUGAUGUUAAGGGGUCUUCUCGAAAGGGUUGAAAAAGAAUUUCUCUUAAAUAUAUAUAUGUAUAUAUUCUAAAAACAAUAUAAUUCGGAGAAAUUGCGCCAAAAAGAAGUUCCAAAAGUUGCAUUUUUAAUGUUGAAGGAGGAAGAUCUCUUAAACUAAUCUUUAGCCUUUUGCGAGUCAUUUUCAUUGUUUUAUUAUAAGUCAUACAAGUCGAUUUGAAGAUAAAAAUAUAUUUUCCUUGUGGAAAAGAGGAAAGAAUAUAUAUACAUUAUAUAAUUAUAUAAAAUGGAAUCUUAAGUAUAAGUAUGUACAAAUAAUUGGGAAUCGCAAAAGGUCAAUCUAAAUGGCGUCCUAAAUUAUGGAUAUAUAAGUACAAAUACAACGAGUAGUUUUACACGAUCGCAUUUACAUGAGGUACAUGUUACUAGUUUCUUCUUUGCACUUGUGAAAAAUACAGCAAAAAAGUGUAUUCGUGUGCGUGGUCAACGAUAGCAAAAUAGAUAACUUUACAUAAUAUUUUGAAUACCAUAAAAAUAUGGUGAACCUGUUUGAUGCAAUAGUCAAACUAUAUAUUUCCAUACAAAAAUAUGUUUCAUUUCUUACAUUUACUAUACAUUAUAUAUUGAAUCAGCGUUAGCAAUAACGCGUAGGAACAUUUUUCUUUUUUUGUAUAAAAAUGUGAAUAUAAAUCGACGUAUCGUUGUAUUAUGAACAUACAUCGAAACUUUCAAUAUAUAUUUUCCUGCUAUUUUUGUAUGAAUCUAGGUAAUAGGUGAAUUGGAAAAUACUUUUUAUUCCAAUCGCUUUUUGUAAGCAGUCCAAAGUUCCUUCUUAUAUUCCAACGCGGCAGCUAACUUGUCUUUUGCCUCGGUGAUACCUCUACCAACAACAGCUAAAUCUGCUCCAGAUUUUACAACAGAUUCUGGAGUAUUGUACUGUUGACCGAAAUUGUCGGAACUUUGGCCGAGCUUCACUCCAGGGGUCAGCUGAACGAGACCUGGAUUCGUGAAUAUAUUCGACUGACAAACGAUGCCAGCGACUAUGUUCGAAUUUUGUGCGAUCGAUACUGCGUGCCGAACGUACUCGUCAUUUGUUAACGCGCCAUUAGAAGACAUCUGCGCCAAUAUAAAAAUACCACGCGGUUCGUUAACAUUU